AUGGAAGUCAGAUGCAAUCGAGAACCAAUAAUGGAAGCUGAGUCGAGCAGAGGUUUAAAGAAUGGACUCCGAGAAGGGAAAGAAACCACCUCGAAUUCAAGGGAUUCUCACGGAAGCCUUCGGAAUUCUUUGAUGCAGGAUCAGCAGGAGACUUUCUCAGCUUCUGCAGUCUCCGAUGACUGCAAUAAAACAAAAUCUAGUACUAGUGACCCGGACUAUUGUAGACGAAUUCUUGUAAGAGAUGCCAAGGGAUCCAUUAGAGAAAUAAUUCUGCCCAAAGGGCUGGACCUUGAUCGGCCCAAGCGCACCCGAACUUCUUUCACGGCCGAGCAGCUGUAUCGCUUAGAAAUGGAGUUCCAGCGCUGUCAGUACGUUGUGGGACGGGAGAGAACAGAACUGGCUCGACAGCUCAACUUGUCAGAAACUCAGGUGAAAGUCUGGUUUCAAAAUCGACGCACGAAGCAGAAAAAGGAUCAAGGAAAAGAUUCCGACGUUCGGUCGACGGCUUCCGAGACGGCGGCGACAUGCAGUGUGUUACGGCUUCUUGAGCAAGGAAGGCUGCUCUCCCCGCCGGGGUUAUCUGGCCUCCUGCCCUGCGCCUCCAGCACCCUGGGAUCGGCUCUGCGUGCCCCCGUGGUCGGUCUUGGCAGCACAAUGGGCACGUCGUCACUCACGUCGGGGACAUCGGGAGCACCAACACUGACCACCACCCAUCCCGGACACAACGUUUUCAGUAUGCCGGUACCGUCUCUCCUCGGGACGGUAACCACCAGGCUCGCCUCGCCCUUAACUGUAACCGGAUCAUUGACCGGGAACUUGCAGGAACUGUCCGCUAGAUACUUGAGCUCUUCCGCUUUCGAGCCCUAUUCCAGGAAUGGAAAAAGAGAAACGAUGGAGAAAAAAAUAAUGGACUGA